AUGAAUGACUACAACGAAUGUGUGUUUGGAGAGUCAGUGUCUGUGACUGAAGGAGAUUCUGUUACUCUACACACUGACACUCAAAUACAUGAAGACAAUGACAUUCUGUGGAAAUUUGGACCUGAGAAAUCUCUCAUAGCUCAAAUCAUUAGAGAAAAACAAAUCAUCCCUGAUGUGAGAUUCACAGACAGACUGAAGCUGGACAAUAAUACUGGAUCUCUGACCAUCAUGAACAUCACAUCUGAACAUGCUGGAGAUUAUGAAGUGAAGAUAACUGCAGCAAAACGAUCGUACAAAAUAUUCAAUGUUUCUGUCUAUGCACGUCUGCCUGUUCCUGUCAUCGAUAGAAACUCUUCCCAAUGUUCAUUAUCUCAGUAUAACUGUUCAGUGUUGUGUUCAGUAGUGAAUGUGAGCGCUGUGAGUCUCUCCUGGUACAAAGGAAACAGUUUAUUAUCCAGCAUCAAUGUGUCUGAUCUCAGCAUCAGUCUCUCUCUACCUCUGGAGGUGGAAUAUCAGGAUAACAACACCUACAGCUGUGUGAUCAACAACACUAUCAGCAACCAGACCACACAUCUGGACAUCAACACACUCUGUCAGAUGUGUGAAGAUCAGGGCCUAUCCUCAUUCUACAUAGUGUUGAUCUCUGUUUCUGCUGGAUUUCUGAUGAUUGCUGCUUCAGUCAGGAUCUUCAGCAUUUUCAGGAAACACAGAACAUGUAAUCGAGAAGGUUAA